CCGGAUUGAGAAAGCUGGCUAACGGCACAUUGGCUCAUAUAGUAUGGAGUCCUCGGUGAUUUCUUUGCUCGCAAGAAUGUGGUUCUCUGGGAUGUCUGGCUAGUGGGGUAUCGGCAUCGAUGGUCCAACUUAUCCUGUCAAGGGUUCUAGCUGGAAUCAGUGGUGCUGGGAUAAUCUCGCUGGUUUCUGUCAUCGUUACCGAUAUCGUCCCUCCCAAAGAAGUCGCGCUUUUCCGUAGCUACGCCAAAAUCACAAAUAUCACAGGACGCAGCUUGGGAGCACCCAUUGGGGGGGGGUUGUCACAAACUGUUGGCUGGAGAUGGUCAUUCUACGGCCAACUCCACAUCCUCAUAAUCUCCGUUAUAAUAACAGCAUGCAACAUGCCCUCAACACUAAACCAAACACCCCAAGAAUCCACCAAAAUCCAAGAUCAAGAAAAUCGAUUUCCUAGGCAUCCUCAGCUUCACGGCUAUAAUCCUCCUACUCUUAUUUCUCCUUCAGAGUACGGAUUUCAGCACUAUAGAGCAGUCUUCACUUUUUCUACCUUUUAGGAGGCUUGUUCGUCGGUGUUGCUUCGGCUUUUCUCUUGAUUGAAAUGUUUUGGGCUGAGAUCCCGUUGACACCGGUUGAUAUGAUUCAAAAGGCUUGUGGGGGGGCAUUGUCUUGCGCAGGCGUUUCUUACUGUCGGGCGGGUAUGCUAACCUCACCAGUUUUCGGU